AUGCAAGAGAUGCUUGCAGCACAGUCAAUACAGCUGUUUCACUUACAACAACAUGUGGAUGAUCAAGAGAAUAGGAGUCGGAGGAAUAAUAUACGCAUUAAGGGUUUGCCUGAAGCCACUGGGCCAGAGGAUCUCCAUCCUUCAAUACAGGACAUCUUUAACAAUCUGCUUGGUCGCCCGAAUGGCACCCACCUCGAGAUGGACUGUGUGCAUCGUGAAACGCGCCCUUUUAAUCCAGACGCCAAAUACCCUAGAGAUGUCAUCUGCAGGAUCCAUUUUUAUGCAGAGAAAGAACAGAUCAUGCGUAAGGCAAAUGAAAGGAGGGAAAUUGAUUUUGACGGAGCAAAGCUCAAGAUCUUUUCGGACUUGUCGAAACCCUCAGAUAAAGGGCGAACGGCAGUGCUCAAAACACCAAUGGACUUGGAAGGCUUUCUAAAGCGGCUAAGUUUACCGCAGAUCGCAUUACCGGCCUGGACGCACCCACAAUGGAACCACAGAGGAGAGCGACUUGAAGAUGCAACAACAAGGAUUUUUAUUUCGACGAUGGAGAAAUCAUUGAGAAAUCCAUCUCUCAAGACGCUGUACUCCGUCCUGAAGAACUUUAGGGAGGAAUAUACAGACUUUGAGGCCCUUGCCUCUUAUUACGAAGAUCACUACCAGGACCAAAACAGCAAGAACCUCAACCUAAAACACUUCCUUCUUACAUGUGUUGAGGACCCGAGGAUGAGGGCUAAGGAGAACAUUGCCCAAUACAUUUUAAUGCUCGACUCACUGGAAGUGCUCAAGAGGGAACGUGCCUCCCUCAAGAAUGCCAAGCUGCCUCCUGGUCAUCCAACACGACUGCAAAACCGGAGGCAGAAAUAUGAGUAUCUGCGGCUGGAGAAUACCAUCAAAGAUCAUUUUUGCCAGUUUCAAAUCGAGCUCUUGAGGGAGCAGAAGCUGCGGGAAGCUGCUCGUAAGAAACACACGCACAAACAAACUCCUGCAGCUAAAGAAAAGGAGGAUGGAGCCACUGCAGCAGCAGAAGAGGGAGCCCUUGCCUCACAGGGGAAAGAAGAACGAGCAAAAGAAAAAAAAGAGGAGGAAGAAGCAGCUCCCAAAAAAGAACAGCAAGAGGAGCAACAGGAGAAGAUGGAGGAGCAAUCUCCUGCAGUGAAAGAACAGGUAGGAAUGAAGAGGAAAAGGAAUGAAGAGGAAGCUCCAGCAGCUCCUCCAAGGAAGCGGCCAAGGAAGGACUGCAGAGGAUUUAGGUAAUGUAUCUAAUUAUUGUCUAUUGCUUUUCAUCUGCAGAUGCCCCACGUUGGCAAGUGCAACC